GCCCGCCUCUGUCUCUUGCCUCAAACACUGUUUUCGAUCCUGCUCUCAGCAAUCGCCCAAAUGACCAUCGCCCAGUCCCUCCUCUUCUUGCUCGCCGCCAGCUCCAUGAGCGCUGUGUCGGUCGAUGCCUUCUGCGGCUCGCAUCCCCAGGACGCCGCUGCCGCCAUGCUUGCCAACCAGCGCACUCAAAGAUACAUUGAGCAGAACUCGCUCCCCAAGAUCUUUGCUGCCACCGGCAACGUCAACAUCGAUGUCUACUGGCAUCUGGGCUCCAACGCCACUGCCACCUCCAACAUCAGCAACAACGACAUCCAGGUCGCCAUGAACUACAUGUCGGCCAUCUACGCCAAGUUUACCACAUUCCAGUUCACCGUCAAGGGCGUCGACACUUUCAACAAUGUCUCGUGGUUCAAUCCUCAUGUUUCGACCACAAACGAGGAAGAGUAUCUCCUUGGCGAGAUGAAGGCGGCCCUCCGAAAGGGUGGUGCAAGCACUCUGAACAUUUACACCGUUAGCGAGAUUGCUCUUCCUGGAGCAAGCGACACCAACUUCCUUGGCCUUGCUGCCUUCCCCAGUGACUAUGCUGCCCACCCUGGUCAGGACGGUGUCAUCAUGCGCGCCAGCGAAGUCAACAAGAUCAACUCGACAACGCUGGCCCACGAAGUUGGACACUGGCUGGGACUGUACCAUACUUUCCAGGGUGGCUGCUCUGAGCCUGGAGACUACGUCAGUGACACUCCCCAACAGGCUGCUGCCACCGACUCCAGCCUCUGCCCUCUCAACCAAGACACUUGCCCUCUUGACCCUGGACUGGACCCCGUCCGCAACUUCAUGGACUACUCGAUGGAUUCGUGCCAGAACAACUUCACUCCCGGUCAAAUCCAGCGCAUGCAGGCUCAGUGGAACCUCUUCCGUGCCGACAACCGAACUCAGACCCAGCCUUCCAGCACCCCUACUCCUCGCAAGUCCGGUGCUGCCGCCACCACUGUCUCGGCCCUCUUGAUCGGCACCGCCAUCCUCGGCGCCCUCCAGUUCCUUGCUCUCUAGACGCCUCACCUCACUAUUCGCAACUUCUAUGAUCUCUUGCAAGCCAAUUGUACUUCACCAAUUGUACUUCGCCAAUUGCACUUCGCCAACCCAAGCCGAGCUUCAGCAAUAAUUUAUGGUCGUAUUUCUUCUCAGCAUAGCAUCGGUCCGUGCUAUAUAGUAUGCUUGUAACGAAACGAGACAGUGCACCUUUGGUUUCUUCACAUUCGCUGCCUGUUGUUUGGGGGAGCACAGUCUUGAAUACAUCUGGUCAAUCUCCUUUGGUGAUCCA